AUGAAGUUAACUUUAAUUCUGUUUGUAGUUAUUAUAAAAAUAUGUGUUUGUGUUCCGAGAAUCCACACUCAUGGGUCAAGCUCAGAAGUCAGCGAAAGAGAUGAGGUGAAGAGUUUGUUGACAGAAAAGCGGACACCUCCGUUGAACGAAAUGAAUAGCGAAAGAAAGACAGGGGAUAGUGGGGAAGUGGCUCUAAUGCAAUUUUCUGCCUUUGCUGGUGAUGGCUGUCCCACGGGUCUCAUACGGAUCGGCAGGAGAUGCAUAGCUAUUGAUUUCUAA